ACUAGGGCCACCUGACAAAUGAGCGGCCCCCACCCUCUCAUCCCCAUCGUCCACCCCUCACAGCCGCGCAGGCCAGUUGCUGGGAUCCACCGCUCCUACUGCCGCCUUUCAAAUCCAGCCACCCUGAAGGACCCUGGCCUGGGAAAAGCCCAUUCCAUGGCCAAAGAUCCGCAGGGGAGGAGGGUUUAGCUAGCCUGGAACACCUGGUGGACAGAGAGCGGGGAAGAGCGAGGACAUAGGCCCGGGAGCCAUGGGUGACUGGGGCUUCCUCGAGAAGCUGCUCGACCAGGUCCAGGAGCACUCGACUGUGGUGGGCAAGAUCUGGCUGACGGUGCUGUUCGUCUUCCGCAUCCUCAUCCUGGGGCUGGCCGGCGAGUCGGUGUGGGGUGACGAGCAGUCGGAUUUCGAGUGUAACACGCUCCAGCCAGGCUGCACCAACGUCUGCUACGACCAGGCCUUCCCCAUCUCCCACAUCCGCUACUGGGUGCUGCAGUUCCUCUUCGUCAGCACACCCACCCUGGUCUACCUGGGCCACGUCAUUUACCUGUCUCGGCGAGAGGAGCGGCUGCGGCAGAAGGAGGGGGAGCUGCGGGCACUGCCAGCCAAGGAUCCACAGGUGGAGCGGGCGCUGGUGGCCAUAGAGCGCCAGAUGGCCAAGAUCUCGGUGGCAGAGGAUGGUCACCUGCGGAUCCGUGGAGCGCUGAUGGGCACUUACGUGGCCAGUGUGCUCUGCAAGAGUGUGCUAGAGGCAGGCUUCCUCUAUGGCCAGUGGCGCCUCUAUGGCUGGACCAUGGAGCCUGUGUUUGUGUGCCAGCGAGCACCCUGCCCCUAUCUCGUGGACUGCUUUGUCUCUCGCCCCACGGAGAAGACCAUCUUCAUCAUCUUUAUGCUGGUGGUGGGACUCAUCUCCUUGGUGCUCAACCUGCUGGAGCUGAUGUACCUGCUGUGCCGCUGCCUCAGCCAGGGCGUGAGGGCCCGGCAGGGCCAGGACACCCCUCCAGCUCACAGAACCUCCUCGGACCCUUACACGGACCAGGUCUUCUUCUACCUCCCCAUGGGCCAGGGGCCCUCGUCCCCGCCAUGCCCCACCUAUAAUGGGCUCUCAUCCAGUGAGCAGAACUGGGCCAACCUGACCACAGAGGAGAGGCUGGCUUCUUCCAGGCCCCCCCUCUUCCUGGACCCACCCCCGCAGGGUGGCCGGAAAUCCCCCAGUCGCCCCAGCAGUUCUGCUUCCAAGAAGCAGUAUGUGUAGGGGCCUGGGGCUUAUGUCACCCAAACGAGGGGUCCCCGGAAGUCGGCUGCCUGGGGUGCCCCUUCCUUGAAGGCUCUGCAGAGGUGACUAGACUGGGGAAGCAGGUGCUUGCUGGCCAGGGGGCCUCACUACAGGUUGUUCUAGAACACCCGGGGCCUUCCUGGUGACCAGAGGGCACUAUGGUUCUGUCCAGAAGGUGGGUUAGCCCCAGGCACAGAGCCCACAUGGGGUGCUCUUGGCCAAGGGUGUUGUGAGCCCUCUAGCCUUUUUCACCUGCUCCAGAGGGACCCAGAGGCAACUCACCCAACCCCACCCUUAUGGAAGAUUCACCCCUGCCCAGGUUGUCCUCACAGGAAAAGGCUGAUCGAGGCUGCUGGGUCGGCCUUGGUCACACAGACAGAGCCUGUGUUGGAUCUCGCCUGUCAGGAGGACUGCUGCCUUGUUUUCAUCACUCCUUCCUAGUUCCACAGUUUAUGCUUCUAAAAUAAACAGGACUGAUCGCA